CCAAAAGCCACUUGGCUCUCACGUCGUACUCCUCUUCUGCUCCCAAGAUAAACGGUCGUGCAUCAGGUGGGCUGUCGCCGACUGGACCUGCGGGAGCUCUGUUAAGAAGCAAUAGCCAACAGCUGCGGGCAACCAGAAAGGCAGAUCCUAGCUGAAUGCUGUGCUCUGUUGUAACAAGAUGCAGAUUUAUGGGGAUAUCAAGCCCCAUAAGGUGGAGACAAACUACAUUUUCAUAUGGCACAACAGCAUCCUUUAGGACCUUCUCUUUUGUUUGUAGAAGAACAAACCAGAUAAGUCCUGGACUCCAGUCAAGAAGGGCAAUUCAGACAACAAGACCUCAGAAUGUCAAUCCUUUGCUCGUGGCUGUGCUUCGACCAGUUAGUAAGGUGGCAGCAGUACUGGUUGGCAGAGGUUUCAGAAAAUGGUGGCAGUCACUACCCAAGCAGAAAAGGGAACUGUUUAUACAGCAUUUACACCGUAAUAUAAGGAUUUAUAUUUUUGGGUCCAUCCUAGUUGGUAGUUCAGGAUAUAACUACUAUGCAAACCACGUCACCACCACACCUUUCACAGGAAGAAAGAGGUUCAUGGUCUUCACUCCAAAUCAGCUGUUUACCAUCUCACAAGAAAUGUAUCAUGAGGAAAUGGCUCAGUUUGCAAACCAAAAGAUGCCAGCUGAUCAUCCAAUGGUCACACGAGUAAGCAGAGUGGGUAACCGGCUAUUGCAAGCCAACAACAAGAUUCCUCAGCUCUAUACUAAAGUGUGGACUGUUACAGUUAUUGAUGAUCCUACAGAGAAUUGUUUAGUUUUGCCUAGUGGUGACAUCAUUAUGUUCCGAGGAAUGAUGAACUUAUUUGAGAAUGAUGACCAAUUAGCUAUGAUUCUUGCACAUGAGAUGAGUCAUGCUAUACUUGAACAUGCUGCUGAACAGCUGAGUCAUGGAUAUCUUCUUGACACCCUCAUUCUGUUGCCUUUGGCAGUCAUUUGGGCUUUUUUACCAAGUGAUGGUAUUGCUGUUGUUACUCACUGGUUCCUUCUUAAAGUUGUUGAAGUGCUUCUGAAGUUGCCUUACUCAAGAAGUAUAGAAGAUGAAGCAGAUUCUGUUGGGUUGCAAUUAGCUGCAAAGGCUUGCUAUGAUGUUAGAGAAGCAAGUGCAUUUUGGGGUAAAUUGUGUUUACAAGAAGAAAUACGAAAGCAGGUAGGCAUGGAAACAGAUUCUGUCCCAGCAUUUUUGUCAACCCAUCCAUCAAACAGCAGUCGACAAGCGAGGAUAGAUGAGCAAAUGCCAGAUGCUCUAAAAUUGCGUGAAGUUUGUCAGUGCUCAAAGCUUACAGACAAGGAUCCAAGACUUGAGAUAAGAAAGUUACAGGAAUAUAUGAAGACAAACUCUCUUGUGACUGUCUCAUAAAAUUAAAGCUAGUAUUAUUCAUCAUGUGAUUGCACUCGGGAAUGGAAUCUAAUCCCAUAUUUGUUGAAAAUUUGACAAAUUUACAGAAUUUUAAAUGUAAAAUAUAGUUGAUUGAAAGUCUGUUUAUUACCCAAAUAAAGUGUUUAAUUAAU